AUGGCCUCGAAAACGCCACCGCCUAGCCUUGACAGGGCGCUGCGUCUAGUUCUGUUCGGCUUCUUUGGGAUCAGCGCAUCAGUGGGAGCGCUGAUAGCCACGACGCAGGUCAUUGCCUCGCUCGGGGGCGCGCAGCGAGCGCUACCUCUCGCUGACGUGGCGCAGAGCCUCGGCAUUGACCUGGCGGCUGCCGGAACCUUUGCUUUCUUCCUGCGGCGCGAUCUGCAGGCGCGGGACAAGCAGAUAGCGCGGCUGACGCGGGAGGAGCGGCUUGGGGCGUUGCCUCUCUCCCUGGCCAACGGCCGCCGCGUGAAAGUUGGGCAGCUGCGAUCCUUCUCCCGAGUGGUUAUAGCGGCGGGGUCUCCGGAGCAGGUCGCAGCGGCGGUGCAGGCGGCCGAGCCGUUGAGGGAGCAGCUGCAGGAGCGGGGGGUCCUGGUGGUGCCUCUCCCCAUAUUUCCGGGGGACCCGGCCUCCUCCAACGGCGCGGCCCCGGCAGAGAGCAGCGGCAGCAGCAGCGCAGAUGACCUCAGGUGGAAGGCGACACCCCUGCGGCUGGAGGAGUGGAAGGCAUGGUUUGACGAGCAGACCGCGCUGGCGAAUGCUAAUCUGGACAAGGGUCUCUACAUCAGCCUCCGACUGGAUGGCCGGGUCCGCGGCAGCGGGCAGGGGCCGCCACCCUGGCAGCGACUCAUCGCCCAGCUGGCACCCCUGGAAGGUGCGCGCAUGUGCCUGCACCUGCCUGCAACCUCAGCGCAGACCUGA